AUGGGAGAUCACCCAUCACAACGUUUGGGCCUUCAAUACGAGACUGACUUGAUCACUUCAUCUAACAACACUGAGAAUGGUUUGAACGUCUUGCGUUCUAGUGUCGAUGGAAGAAUCCCCAAUGAUCCCGAGUACAUUCGGGUAUUGUCAAGACCAAAUGGGUUUCACGUUGUUGUCAACAACGAAUUCCAAUAUGGUCAUUGGGAUACAAUGGAAGAGGCUGAAGCAAAGAUUGGGACUUGUUGGAAAGAUUAA